AUGGCGAGAUAUUCGAGUCUUCGUUAUUAUUCAACUCAUAGUUUUAUGCCAAGAUACGAAUUUCCCAAGUAUACUCUAGUCUUAUCAGAUUACAAGGGACAUCAAGCAAAAGCAAUGUCUAAAAUUGAACAGCUGGCACCUCAACUAAACAUGGUUCUUGAACUGAGAGAUAUUAGGGCACCUCUGUCUACUCGAAAUAUUCUAUUUGAUAAGCUUUUGAUGAGUAAGAAAUACAUGAUCAAAAGGCUUAUCAUAUACACAAAAAAGGAUUUGAUGGGAAAAGAUGAAAUAUAUUUCAAUAAAUUGAAAACAUGGCAUGAAGAAGCUAAUGAAAGUUUCAUUACAAUUGAUACAAGAAAUUCAAAUGAUAUAAAAAAUAUCAUGAAAAUUAUCAAGUGGGAAAGUUCUGCUCAUAAUAUGCCUUUACCGAUGGGAUAUCGUGUUCUUGUUAGUGGUAUGCCAAAUGUGGGAAAGUCAACUUUGAUUAAUUCCUUAAGAUCUUUCAGUUUAUCAACGAAGGGAAACAAAAUGAAAAAAGCCUGUAGAACAGGCAAUGAAGCGGGCGUAACAAGAAGUGUCAGCGAAGUCAUUAAAUUAAUGAAGGAGGAAGAUUCAGCACAUCCAGUAUACUUAAUUGAUUCACCGGGUAUUGGCUUACCAGGGAGAGUUAGCAACCAAAGUAGAAUCCUAUCGCAAGCUCUCUGUGAGUGUGUUAAAACAAAUUUAAUAGAUCCCGUAAUUCAGGCUGAUUAUUUACUGUUUCUAAUGAACUUACAAAACCCCAUAACAGAUUGUGAUUGGUAUCCGGAUUCCUCUGAAAAUCCGACGAACGACAUUUAUGAAGUUUUUAGAAGGCUAAACAGCAAUGGGAGAUCUACGAGUGAUACAUCCAUGGCCAUAAAAUGGCUUAGUGGAUGGAAACGCGGUGGUAACGGCCUACUUUUAGAUCCUGAAUUGCUCUUAUCAGCAAAUGAUUUUUCCUAUAAAAAUUAUAUCCUGAGGGAUUUAGAUAAACUCGGAGAUUUUGGGUUAAAGAGAGGAGCAUUUAAGAAGGUAAGAGAUAAUGCUAAAGAUUUUUUAUUUUGA